UCAAACUCCCCCCGCCCGCGUUCCCUUGGUAUGCUCCAAGAUGGCGUUCCCCAUGGAGCGGUUCGCGAUGUUCCUGGCGCGGAGGAGGCUUGUGCCUGCGCCCGCCUUGGCAGGUAAAAGAUACCUGCUUUCUGAAGCAUACGUGGACAGCCGCAAGUGGGAAGCAAGAGAAAAAGAACAUUGUCACCUCGCUGAUCUAGCAUCUUUAAUGGAUAAAACAUAUGAGAGAAAGUUGCCUGUUAGUUCUUUAACAAUAUCACGGUUUGUGGACAACAUUUCCUCUCGAGAAGAGGUAGACCACGCAGAGUAUUACCUUUACAAAUUUCGACACAGCCCCAACUGCUGGUACCUGAGAGACUGGACCAUCCACACCUGGAUGAGGCAGUGUCUAAAGUACGGUGCGCAAGACAAAGCCUUAUACACCCUUGUCAAUAAGGUUCAAUAUGGAAUUUUUCCAGAUAACUUUACGUUCAAUUUACUAAUGGAUCAUUUCAUAAAGCAAGAAAAUUACAAAGAUGCUUUAUCCGUGGUUUUUGAGAUCAUGAGGCAAGAAGCCUUUGAAGCACCUUCCACCCAACUUCUGUCGCUCUAUGUUCUAUACCACUGCCUGGCAAGCAAGACAGACUUGAGUUGGGAAGAGGAGAGGAACUUUGGGGCCUCCCUGCUCCUCCCGGGCCUCAAGCAAAGGAACGCGGUGGGGCUGAGCUCCCAGCUCUAUGGCUAUGCACUUCUCGGGAAGGUGGAGUUACAGCACGGGCUGCGGGCUGUGUACCACAACAUGCCGCUGCUGUGGCAGCCGGGCUACCUCGACAGAGCCCUGCAAGUGAUGGAGAAGGUGGCCUCCUGCCCGGAAGGUGAAAAGCUGUGUGGAGACGCGCUCGAUGUGCUGGACGGAGUGCUGAAGGCUGUGACCACUCCAGCCCCCACGUCCUCCGAGGAGCAGCCCCGAGAAGGGGAAGACGGCCAGAGGCCGGCAGAGCUGGUGGAGCAGAUGGACGUGGAAGAAAGGCAACAGUCCAGGCUUCCCCAGUACCUGGAACGAUUUCAGGCCGCCCGUUCUCAGCUCCAGGCUCUGGGCAGAGUUGAGUCAGGAAGCCUUUUGACUCUGACCACUCAGCUCGUCCACGAAGAGCUCCCCACCUAUGAAGCAGAGGACAUGGCCGCGUAUGAGCAGCAGCUGCAGCAGUGGCAACAGGAGCGGGCUCGCCUGGUUCAGAGGGAGCAGGAGCAGAGGGAGAGGGCGAAGCAGGAGCAUGAGGCUCGGAGAGCAGCCCAGCUGUCUACCUGACCUGCCCUGCAGGCCCGGCCCGCCCAGGAACGGCGCUGGACCGGCCCAGCCUGGGCUCCUCCAGCCUCUCCUCCUCCUCCUAGAGCGGGCCGCUCUGCUGUAAAAGCCUUGACGUUCUGCAUGUUAAGACACUGUGACUGCCCAUCCAGGUGCCUGGAAGGGCUGUGGGACUGUGCAAGUGGUCAGACUGAAGCCACCAGCUGAAUACCUUAAAGUAUUAAGGGCUCUCGAGGCUGAUGGUGGACGUCCUGGGCACAGGGGUCGGUGGUGGCCAUCGGAAGUUCCUGACCCCGCAGCGUGGUGGUGGGUUGAAGAACUAGGUCUCGAGCACAAGGCUUUUGAACAGUCUCUCUCCCCAGCCGGGGGAGCGCGUGUCCUGAGAUCGUGUCCCCCCGGUCCCCUUUCCGGUGCAGGCACUCAGCCCCAACAUCCCCUCUCCUGCUGCUGGGUCUCACCCUUCCGGGCCUGAACUGGGGGACAUUCAGCACAGGAGUGAACACAAGACCCCCGGCUCUCAAAUUUCAGGACCCCACAGUGACUUGUGUAGAAGGUCAGGGCUCGUGAGGAAAGCUGGCCCCACGUCAGAGGCCCCUGGGCUCGGCGUCUCCAGCCCGUCUCACGCUGUCUUGGCUCCUUCAUCGUGUGGGUAAAGAGAGCCUUUGUGUGCAUGCACACUUCGGGUAGAGGAGUUGGAGACGGCGAGAGUCGGGCUGGGCUGCAGUGUUGGGGAGGCCUGGCGAGUUGUAGCAGCGUCCGGAGUGAGGGCCCCACAGAAGUCUCUCCGAGGGUGGGCAGCUCCUGCCGCUGUGACCUCGCCUGUCAGUACAGCGGGCACUUCUGUUCAGGAUUGUGCUCCUCAUCGAGAACCUGUGGAAAUAAAUGUCCUGGGAUGGUU